CCUUCCUGAGGUGUGGGGACCAAAACUGGACACAGUACUCCAAAUGGGGCCUAACCAGAGCUUUCAUUUACUGUUUGCUCCCCCAAGGACCCAGCCUGCGCUCCUCGCAAGUUCAGAAUAUUUCCAAGUUCUGUGUCAUCUGCAAAUGUUGAAACUGUGCCAGACCUGCAGCAAUGAUCUGAGAGCCGGCGAGGGGGUGGGAUGAUGGUGCUCUGUAAGGACGGGCCACCCAGCUACAAAGAGCUUGGUGCCGAAGGUUAGUCGUUCCUCUGCUGGGUGUUUUGUCACUUCUCUGUUAUGUCUGUGAACUCGGCAGCCUCCUGCCCUGCUUCGCUGAGCGCGAUCGUCAAGGAUGCGGCGAUAAUGUGUGGGUUUAAAUGGAGUCUCCGGCGCCUGAAGCUCACUCAGCCGCCCGGGGAGGUGACGGACAACGGCGCAGAUGCCUCGGGAGCUCCCUCGCACCGCUACGACCCCCUUUCCCUGUCAGGCCGUUAUCGUUUUCCUCCUGCUACAGUCCGGAUCGUUAGCACAGCCGCGAAGUCGCUCUGCGGAUGCCCAGGCGGGAAGGCCGGGUACCCGGCUCCGGCCUACUCCACGCCCAGGGUCCGAGGCCGAGGCCGAGACCGCUUGGGGUAGGAUGAAGGUUUCGAACAGCGUCCGGCCCUACUCCCUCAGCCUGAGCGACGACCAUUACCGUUACUCACCGAGACCGAAGCAACUCAACUCGAAGAGGCUUAGGAAGCUCCUCGGUCCCUCCUUCGACCCCUUCUGGAUGUCGGUUACGGGUCGCCAUGGGAACGAGAGUGAGCGCGGCCACCUGCCGCAACUGAGCGGCGAGCUCGCGGCCGCGGCACUGCGGCUGCGCGGGAAGCUCUGGCACGAGGCUCAGCGGUUGGAGCCGGCCGCCGUGGCCAGCGAGGCGGUUAAGGCCCAGUGGAGGCGCUGGCUGGUGCGCGAGGCUAUCUGUCCCCUCACGUCCCAGUGGGUGGACCUGGGGGCCAUUUUCUGGCCGAGGUGGGUGAGGCAUACCGACUGCGACACGGGCCGGGCCAGCUGCUUCUGGCCCCCGGGCAUGAGCUGCACACAAGCCGAGUGGGCACACAUCAAGCUGCUGGUGUGGCACUGCUGGACGGUGAAGGAACGAGUGAGGGUAGCGCAGCAGUGCACCUGGAGGCAGCCCAGAACAAGGGAAGAGGACAGAACCUUAAAAUUCAAGCCAGGCCAUUCGAGGGUGAUGCCAGGAAGCAUAUUUCAUACAGAGGUUUUGAUCCUCAAAGUUCGAAGCCAUGGGGAUGGAUCAGGGGAGAGGAAUUCUCAUUUCAAAGAGCUUGUUCAACAGCAAGGCUGCUGAUCUCAGGAUCACAGAUGAUUGCAGUGUAAAAGAAGGCCUAUGGCCCAUCAUGUCUACAGUGGCACUCUGAAUGCUCCUCUCACUUAGUACCACUCUGCUGCCUUCUCCUUGUAACCAGGACAUUCUUUUUUCAAACACAUGACUAAUUCCCUUCCGAGUGCCUCAGUUGAAUUCCAUGUACAGUAUGAUUCUGGGAUAGGUGAGUGCAGUGGACAAUAUUUGACUGAAACCUCCAGGAAUAUGUCCAACCAGAGUUGGCAACUCACAUUGCAAAGCCUCCUGACAUGUUUGAUGGUGAAUACAGUCUUGUAAGAACGAGAGAGUUAGGAGAGGCAAGGUUUCCUGAAUCUGCUCUAUCAUUUAAUAAGAUCUUGGCUAAUUUGACUGUGGUCUCAACUUCACUUUCCUGUCUGGCUUCUUUGUCAAUCAAAUAUCUAUCACGCAUUAUAUUAGCACAUUGAAAUUGUUUAAAAAGGGACAAAUAUCAUUGAUUUUAGUGAGAAAGAGAGGAUCUGUUCCUUAACAACGACAAAUCAGGAUCAUGCUCCUCAUGGUAACAGUAGCAAGAGUUUGAUGUAUAGGGUGGUCUUGAUUAUGUCCAUAACCAUGAGACCUGUAGAUUGAUAGGAUCAAUAGAGAGAAACUCCUUUCUGCUGGAGGGCACAUGAAAAGGGGAUAUAAUUGUAAAAGCAAGUUCCAAGCCAUGAGGCAAAAACUUUUUGUUUACACAAUGAGAUGGAAUUGUGAAAGCCCUUCACUUCAAGCAGUCAUACGACUUGAAACAAUCAUUUUAAAUCUGCAAUUGAUUUUCUUUUGCUGGGUGGCAUAUUAUGAAUAGAGAGCCUUAGAAUACAGAUAAGUCAUGAUCUCAGUGAAUGGCAGAACUCCUCCUGUUGCUGUAGUCCAUUAAUGUACUGUCUUAUCAAUAUGCAACAUUUGACUCAUACUGCCUAAUGAUUUAUAAAGUAUUUAGACCUCA